GCUUGCCUAUCAUUUCUCCACCAGGUCCUGGAGCCGCGCUCUUCUUACUAGAGUACCAGCAGCCAUGGCGGACAUCAAAACGGGCAUCUUUGCCAAAAAUGUCCAGAAGCGCCUAAGCCGAGCGCAGGAAAAGGUGCUGCAAAAGUUGGGAAAGGCUGACGAGACGAAGGAUGAGCAGUUUGAAGGAUUCAUCCAGAACUUCAAGAAACAGGAGGUGGAGGGAACCCGACUACAGAGGGAAUUGAAAGCUUAUCUGGCAGCAGUUAAAGGAAUGCAGCAAGCCUCCAUGAACCUAACCGAGUCCCUGCAUGAGGUGUAUGAAGCCGACUGGUACGGAAAAGAUGACGUCUUGACCAUUGGGAAGAAUUGUGAUGCGCUGUGGGAAGACUUCCAUCAGAGGCUGGUGGACUCGUCACUUAUCACCUUGGAUACCUAUCUUGGGCAAUUCCCCGACAUUAAAACUCGUAUUGCAAAAAGAAGCCGGAAGCUAAUUGACUAUGACAGUGCGAGGCAUCACUUAGAGACUUUGCAGGCCUCCAACAUACGAAAUGAGCGCAAAAUCUCAAAGGCUGAAGAGGAGUUCAACAAAGCGCAGAAAGUGUUUGAGGAGCUGAAUGUCGACCUUCAAGAGGAGCUACCCUCUCUAUGGGACAGUCGGGUGGGCUUUUACGUGAACACCUUCAAAAAUGUUACACACCUGGAGUCCAAGUUCCACAGAGAAAUUGCACAGCUCUGUCACAAGCUGUACGAGGUGAUGACCAGCCUGGGGGAGCAGCAUGCGGAUAAGGCCUUCACCAUCCAGGGAGCUCCCAGCGACUCGGGCCCCCUCCGGCUGGCCAGAACGCCCUCGCCCCCCGAGGACGAGUCGCCGCCCGCCAGCCCGGUCACCGCCAGCCCCAACCACAUGCUCGCGCCCGUCUCGCCUGGCCCGCCCCGACCCAAGUCGCCCUCACAGCUCAGGAAGGGUCCACCGGUGCCGCCCCCGCCGAAGGUCACGCCCACCAAGGAGCUGCACCAGGAGCAGAUCGUCAGCUUGUUUGACGAUAACUUUGUCCCAGAGAUCAGCAUCACCACGCCUUCACAGGACCAAAAGGCUGGAGAGUCUCUCUUGGAUCUGGACUUUGACCCAUUCAAGCCGGACUCCGCCACUCCCAUUGGCCAGUCACAAUCACCCAUGUCACAGACUCUGCCUUGGGACCUAUGGACGACGAGCGCUGGUCCACCACAGCCUCCUGACUCUCUGUCUCUCUGUAACCUGGCUGGGGAGGAGGGCACUGAGAUUUGUGGUGCCAGUGACACCACCAGCUCGGUCUCUGACCCUGGGGCAGGCGGGAGCUCUGGUCCCGGCUGGGCGGCCGACUUCGGCUUCCUCGCGGCCACCGGGGAGAGCAGCACCGAUGCCGAAAAGGGAGGCUUGGACCUCCCGCCCCCUUCCCCGUCCAACCAGGGAGGACAGGGCCCCCUUGGAGACGAUAGCCAGAUUUGCACUGAGGGGAAGGAGGCGGACACAGAGGAGGAGGAGAGGCGGGGCCAGCCUUUGGUAGACAGCCGGGCCGACGAGGUCGCCCCGCCACCGGGAGACGCUCCCAAAGCAGAGGUGUCCAACAAUGCUUUUAAUGGAUUUUCACAGAUGGAUGCAGGCACCUCCUUGUUUACCACAGAUUCAAACCAGAGUGGGUUUGGUACAAUGCCUGAGGCCGAGGUGGAGCCUCCUGGUGGUGAAAAAGGGGCAGUGUCUGAACCUGUCUCUGAACCAGGCCAGGCCCAGGAAUCUUCCGCCACUGCUGCUGAUGCUAGCGCUGGUGGUGGUGCAGAUGCUGCUCAAGCAAGCCCACCAACAGAAAAGGCUGCAGACAUUGAACCAGCGGGUGAAACGGAGGGGUCUGAGGAGCCCCCGGUGAGUGUGGCGACCGAAUCCACUGAGAUGCCCCCGGCCGCCGCGGCUGAGACCGAGAGCCCAGCUGAAGCCCCAGCGGAGCCUGCCCCAACUGAGGAGGCAGAGAAGGGAUCCCCCUUCACGGAGGUUCCGGCUCCUUCAGAGGAUGUGGGGUCCCCCAAAGAGCAGUCACCGACCGUAGCACCGGACGUAGGCGAUGAAAGCACUGAUAAAGAGGUUAACGAAGACACUGGGGCGAAGGAGGACAACAUGCCCAUCCCUUCAGUGGUGAUUGAGCCCGCAUCCAGCAAUGAGGGCGAUGACGACCGUGAUGGCGACAUCAUCUCGCCCGUCACCCCCAGCGACAACGGGGAGCUGCCCGAGGGCGAGCCGUCCAAAGAGGGCGCCGCCCCCCCGGAGACUGACAAGGCCGAAGCGGCAGCGGCUGUCCCAAGUCUCCCGCCUGGCUUUCUCUAUAAGGUGGAAACUUUGCACGACUUUGAGGCGGCAAACAGUGACGAGCUGGACAUGAAGAAGGGAGAUGUGGUGUUGGUGGUCCCCACGACAACAACUGAAGACCAGGAUGCCGGAUGGCUCACAGGAAUCAAGGAAAGUGACUGGUUGCAGCAAGGGGACAGCGCUCGUUCAGGACUCUUUCCAGCAAACUUCACCCAGCGCCAAGCGUAACGACCGGUCCCGGAAGCCGCAAGGGAAGGGAGCUCGGUAACCGUGAGUCCUUGAGAAACUGAAACGGGCUUUUAAAACUGUAGUCUGUAAGAACGUCUUCGUCGGUCAGCUGAGGACAAGCGGACAUCAGAGUGGAUGAAAACGGUCGGCCGAUCGACCCGGCUGUGUGGACACAAACACAACCGCUGCGUUCAAAUGAUGGAGCAUGAUGCAAGACCGUGGUCUAACUUCUUAUGUUUCAUUCGUUUCACCUGUAAGCAGCAACAAACUGAUUUUGUGCUUUCUUUGAGCUUUGGUGACCCUCUACAUGUAAUCCCUUGAAGCAAAAAGGAAAAAAAGAACAAAGUCAAGAAAUGUCCGAGAGAAAACACCAUACCUUUUCAGCACUAAGUGUAUUGUAUUCAUUUUGUUGCUCUCCAGAUGGUUUUAAUCAGUAAUCUGUAGUGAAAUUAUCUAUUUAAGUCUUAGUGCUACACAAGACUUUUAAAAUGUUUUAUUUGAGACAUAAAUGUUAUCUUGCAUUGUUGUUAGUGUUUUCUGUAGUUUCAGGGCUGAAUGUGUGGCUGUUAUGUUUGGCAUAUCUGGUGAUUGUUUUGUUCACAAACAAUAAAUGCUGCUCUUUUGCCAAAAAAAAAUGAUUAAGCAUAAUUCUGGAUGUUAUGAGGAAUGUCCAGCAUAAUGUCGCAAAGCUGUAAUGGGAAGAUGAAAAAUCCAUUCUGACUGAAGCAGAUGCAGCAUUCUUGACAGAAUAAUUAUAUAUCAGAUCCCUGAUCUAGAAGAAAAGAACUGGAAUCAAGCUUGCAUACUGUUCUUACCUGAUAUCUACCUUUGUGUUACCAGUCCAUGCUGUGAAAGCACGUUUUUGUGAAUUUCUCUUUGUUAAGACAUAUUGUGCUUUAUUUGCCUUUUUUGGUCAAAUAACACUGGUGAGGUUCUGGAGGUAGGCCAUGAGGUGAACAAUACAUUUACCUGUCAGAAUAGUUUCCCAAUGUUCAGCUGUUCAGUUAAAAACAAAUCCUGCCUCAUUCUAGUUUGCAUACAGUCCACAGUGAAGAACUUUUUUUGUGAUGUACACGUCCCUGUUUAUUUAUCAAAAUGAAUAAAAUAUACUUCACAGAGAAAUUUGCCACAAGGACCUGGAUUAUUUUAGGGAUGGCAAAUUGCAUGGAUUUUAGUGUCCUCAUAGUUGAUAUAAUUUUAUUAUUCUUUUCCUAAAGCGCCACCCAGUGGCAAGACUUUUAAUUUUUUUUUAUUACACACGGUACUACAGUAGUUGUAUGCGGUACUACAGUAUUUUUUUACUAAAGAAAUGAUGGCUCCAUUGCAUAAGGGAGUACUUUCGAUUUUUUGUCAGAAUAAGAAUAGAUAUUUAAUGGAUUACACAAGUGCAUACUGACGUAAUAACUUAAUUAUUGAUAGAAUGAUUUAACAUUGUACACGCAAAUUGAUCUACUGUAUGUUAGUGAUAUACAGUCAUCGCCAGCCAGUUUGAACAACAGCACAAUUGUUGGCCAGAACUCUUGAAAUAUAUUUAUAUGUUAAUUUACACAUGCUUUUCUAUCUAUCUAUCUAUCUGUCAAGUCUGUCUGUCUGUACGUCAGUCUAUCUUGUGUACUAUUUUGACAAAGGGUUUUGACUGUGUGCAUUUUAAUAGCAAGUGUGCCUUUGUAUUUAUAUAUUUAAUUAAGUUCCUUGGUUUUUGUUCCACUGUAAGCAACUCAAUACUGCAACACUAUUCAGUGGGAUUAGUUACGUCAUUUUCAUACAGUAUUUUUGACAGGUAGGUUGAUCAUGGAUUUUUAUUUUCUCGCCUUUUAUUUAUGCUUUAAACUUUCCAAAUGAGAUUAUCAAAUGAUUUUUACUUUUACCAUGAAAGAAUAGGCAGGAUGGAACUUCAUUCCUCCGGUGUCUCACUGAAACUUUCAUCCACUUUCUCACCCGAGCAUCUCAUGCAUUCUUACAGCAGUGUGUCUGUCCAGAGCACUGUCUUUUACAUUUGUUCAGUGGAACACAAGACAGAAUAAAAGUACAGAAAAUACAAGCAGAACAGUCACCACACCACUGAAGGUUCAGCACUGUAGGUUCCCCUUAAAAACAGUGCAUGCUCAUUCGUCACAUUUGUCAACAAAUAAACAUUAUCUGUUCAUUUCAUUAUUGGCAUACAUGUAAGCCACAGUACUGGACAACAGAUUGACAAGUUAGACAACAUGAUAAAGCAUUGAUUUGUUAGAGUGGACCAGUUGUAAUACUAGUAGAGCGACUAACCAAUACAGUACAUCUCUAAUGACUUGUGGAAAUGUUUCUGACCUGAACCAGGGUUAAACGGUUAGGCUUUAGUUUUCAGGGAAAAGGCUUUUUGGUUUAACUUGUAACUUAUAAUAAACAUUAUUCUUAAGCAUAUAACUCACUUAAAAUCCACUUCAUAGCAAGACACUCUGACACUCAACGUUAAAUAAGUUACAAAACCUUACAAUUCACGUGAUGUUUUCUACUCAACAGAAAACGUUGUUUGAAUGAACUGUCUUUUGUAAUGAUCACAGUUUCCAGGUAUGUGCAGUAUAUAUUGUUGAGAUUUUUAAUAAACAAGAAAAUCCAGACACAUGCAAAUCCAAGUGCAAUUCAAAUCCAUAUGGUAGAAAAAGAUAACGCAGAGGUUUUGCCACAUUUCAAGACAGUGGUUUUCACAGAGAUUUUACAUUCACAUUAACCAUGCCAUUUGUGGGCAGGUCGGUUAUAGAAAGAUACUGUUUCCAAGCAUCUGUACAUUUCUGGACCAGCCGUGUGCAAACUGGAAACACUUCAUGAUCUUAACUACACAAAAGUUUGUUGCUGUCAAGUUUUGUCAGUUCCACUGAGGAAGCAAU